UAAAAAUGGUUCUAACUACAAUGGCUGCUCUAGGCUGAAGGAAAUUCUAAUUGAAUAUUUUAUGUCGCAAAUAGCCUUAUUAAUAAUGUACUAAUUACACAUCAAUUAUUUUCUUGUAUUAAUUGCUAUUAUAUCGGUGGUGAACACAAAUUUAACUGAAGAUAACUUGACUGAACUGGAAUUUUGGUCGUAGAGUAGCUGUUUUGCUUUCUCAGCCGAAUCAUUAAAGUUGUGCAUCACAGAAGCAAACAUAUCAGUUCUAAGACAUUAAGUAUUAGUGAACAUAGUUUAUGACCAGUUGUUGGUCAUAAACUGUCAAGUGUUGAGUGUCUCAAGAUGGAUCUUCCGGACUGUCCUCCGGGAGCCGAGGGUUACGAGGAUACAGUCACUGAAGUACCUAAAAAGAUUGAUUCGGAAGACGCAGCAGCCUGUACUAAGGCGGAGCAGGAGUUCCAGCAGCAUCUGAACAGUCUCAAGAUCAAAACCGAGGAUGGCAACUACCGCUGCAUGGUGGAGAGACGCGGAAGAGAUGUCUCAGGGAAGUGGAUAUACUUGUGCUAUCCAUGUGCAGCCAUGUGCAGUGGGGAGAGGAUCCUGCAGACUCAUAUAUCAGGGAAGAAGCAUAAAGCUAAGCUGUCAAUGAGAAAUGUUUGGCCAUUGAGUAUAUUUAAUAACCAUCCAUAUGUGUCGAAUUCAAACUCCAAGUCUGCAGCUACUGAAACGGUGCUGCAAAAGAUGGCGGAGGAAGUGGAGAUGUUCAAGAAGAAUCCCUCCGAGUUGGAUCUCAAGUAUGAUAAGUACCGGGAAGUGAGGUGUCAUAUACAGGACACACUUGAUGCUGUCAAGGCUCCACUGCUAGGUAUCGAGUAUCUGAUCGAGCAUCCCCCCGAGCAGGCUCACUAUGAACCUUCAUACAUGUGUACUCUGUGCGGCAAGCAGGGUCACCCCCGGACUAUUGUCAAUCAUCUAACAUGCUUCUGGCAUCGAUACAACUAUCUACUUCGUCACUUUAACAAGGCCUGCGCCGCGCUGACUCCGUACCGGGCUCAGGCCAAGUACCGCGAGGGUGUCGCCAUCAUCAUGAACAGGCUGGCGCAGCGCAUCCAGGACAAGUACGGGCGACUGAGACCCGUGAACCUCGACAAGGAGGACUACGAGAAGGAGAGAGACCAAAUACAUCAGUGGAUCUUCCGCGGCUACCACUUCACUGAGAAAGAUAGCUGUACUUUCGAAGAAGUUGUGGACGUUGACUUGAUUACGUCUCUAGAUUCUACUAAGACUGCAGGAGGGAGAAUCACAUCUAACAGGGAGCCGUCGCCCCCAGUCGUAGCGGCGCCGUCUAAACCUUUCGGUUCUAAACGUAACCCUCGACGUCGCGGCUCAAUGGAGUCGCUGUCGGACGUGAGCGACGAGCCUGACAUAAGAAACAACAAGGAUGACAAAAUGUUCAAAGGACGAGGCGAACCGCCGCGGUACGAGCCUUACGCGUCCCGCAGGAGAACCAGUCCUUAUCCAGAAAAGGGUUCAACGUCUCGGCCCCACAACUACUCGUACAAGGUGAAGCUGGCUGACGAGAAGUGUGCUGCGGCCGAGCAGGCGGCCAGGAGGGCCAGGGAGUACCACGAAAAGAACCCGGAGAAACAUCCGCUGUACCCGGACGAGUGGAGGAAGUUCUGGAACCGGAGAUACAAGGAGAUACAGGCCGAAGGCAAAGAUCCAUCGAAAUACGACUUCAAGCCGGAGUGGAUUGUGUACUGGACGGGGAGGAUGAAGGAGCUGCACGAGGAGGAGCUCAAGACUACGGUCCUGGAAAUAUACAGGAGGUUGAGACUCACACCGCCUGAUGCAAGAGAGAAACGUCGUUCGUCUGACCGCCGCAAAUCCUCGGAACGUCGUCGCUCCGCCGAUAGAAAGAGAUCCCUCGAUAGAAGGAGGUCAGCUGAGAGGGGACGAUCAGCUGACCGCAGGAGGUCGGCUGAGAGGAGGCCGUCCGCGGACAGCAGACACGCCGCGCCCGCCGCUAGCAGGCACUCGCCAUACAGGCGGACCCCGGAACAUAGAAGGAAGUCCCCGGACCGCAGAGAUCGCAGGUCCCCAGGUCACACUCGCACCGCACCGCGUCGCUCCCCUCUGAGGCAUCUUCGCACACGAUCCAGGAGUCCUAUACAUAAAGCGAGCAGUGUUCGUCGUCGCUCGCCGCUGUCUCGCCGCGGGUCGGUGCCCCGCAACCACAGCCCCUCCCGCGAACAACCCUCCAUGCAGACCGUCCUUAUCUCGGACGAUGAACUUAAACCGGACGACGGUCUCUCUCCUUGGAACUCGGCGGAGUCCCUGGGUUCCCUCCCGGAGGCGAAGUCCCCUGUCCGUCGCUCGGCCUCCACAGGCGUAUCUAAAUCGUCUCGCAGACAAGAUUUCCACAAACAGGACUACGACGCUGAAAAUGUAGUUGCAACUUUGAGACUGCUAGUAGCUCUAGAAGACUACCUCGGCAGCUUGGGGCCUAAGAUCGUAGAUUUGUUGGCGGAUGCGCUUAAGAUGGAAAAGGACAAGGCAAAUUCGUCCGAGGAGUUGCUCGACAACGAGACGGCGGUAGUGUUGAUCGAAACGGCCAAAGAAAAAUUGAAGGGAGCGGCUCAGGCCGGACUAGUCACUGGCAGCGCCGCCGCCGCCGUCAGGACGGCCGUAGUGAGGGCAGCCGCGACCCUACACGCAGCUGACAAUAGACUGAAGAAGAAGAAGGAAAGCAAGGAGUGUUCCGGCGGCGGCGGCGUCCCGGUGGUGGGCGUGGGUGAGGUGGACCGAGCACAGAUCGCUAAACAAAUGGCCGCGGCUCUAGUGGCUCAGGGAAAAACAGACGUCUCCUCGGAGGAAUUGGCUCAGCUUGUUGAUGCUGUUGUGGGUAUGGCCGAAGCGAAAAAACGCGAAGCGGAAUCUAAAAAGAAGGCUGAAGCACGAGCCAGCAACAAUCAGACGGCGCGGCAAUCGCUGGCGGCCUCGGGGACGACAUCCGCGCUGAAGAUGUUACAGUUCGCCUACGAUGAUAAAAAGACUGACAAAGAAGACGUUCCGGACGUGAUGGACGGCCUGUCGGACUCAGAUCUGGAGACUCUCCUCAAAAACUUCAACGAGCUAUCGGCAGAGGAACAACAUAGCCUCAUAGCCUAUCUUAAGAAGCUUGAAGCUCGAGAGCCGCAACGCGUGGAACGAUUGCGACAGUAUGUGAGCGCCGCGGCGACACACGUGCACGGGGACGCUGAGGACAAACCUAACGCCAAGGAACCGACUGUGGCCGUCGAAAGCGACGACGACGACUACACUGUGGAAGAUGUGUUCAAAUCGGCGACGCAAAAGGUAAAAGAAGAUCAGAUCCGCCAAGAAAUGGAAAUUGUGAAAAAAUCAUUGGAAGAGACCAAGGAAUCUUGUGUUUUACUAGACUCGCCUCCAGCUAACACGUCAGUUCCUAAUAUUAUGAAUAGCUUCUCAUCAGCGACCGACCUCUUAGCGCUGGUUCAGGCUACGUUACAAUCGACACCCGCACAAAACCCGGCCGUCGGUCAAGUGACGUCAGACGUAGUUAUGAGUAGUACACAACCCAGGUCCUUCGGCGACCUGCCUGAAUCUUUGAAACCUCAACCGCACUUACUUCCAUCAGCAAAUAAACAAACUCCUUUCAUUCAGCAAAAUAUGUCACAAAUUUCUGCCAAUGUAAGUAACAUUGUUAAUCAAAAUAGUUUCCACAAAGCCAACCUUCCGUCUUGGGAGACUGGACAAGAGGCAAUUUUAGAUAGAGCCAAUAUACAAGAAUUUGAUAAAAUUGACAACCAACAAGGAAGGGGUUAUCAAGAUAACUUUCAUGACAUAUCCAGAGGAUCCCAGGAUAAUUAUUAUCAAGGAAGUAGGAAUCAGGAUGGUAAUUACUAUCAGAAAGAACCAGAGUGUAAUAUUAAUACAGGCACAAGGCUCGCGUACAACCAACAAAACAGUUAUAAUCAGACUACAAAAGCAAUGCACAAUAAUAUGAAUCAGGGACAGAAUAAUUUUAAUCAAAUACCUCAAGGGUCACAAGACAGUUAUAAUAAUUAUAAUACAAAUCCCAGCAGCUACAGCCAAAAUAGAAGUCAAGGAAAUUACAAUCAAAACGCCAGAGAAAAUCAGAAUUCCUUUAACCAAUUAGGUAGAUUUGAUAACAAUUACAGUAACCCUGCACCGCGGAGUCCCAUGGACAAUUAUAACUUAGGCCGAGGAGGUCAAGGCAACUCCAGAGGUCAGCAGGACGGCUCGUUUAAAAACCUAGGGGUCAGAGGUAACUUUAGUGGUAACAAUAGAUCACAAGAUACCUUCAAUACUCGGAAUUCAGAUCAGCAAAGUCAGUUCGGCAACAGCCAACAAAAUAACUUUAGAGGAAGAGGCAGAGGAUACGGCGGUCAGAGAGGUCGAGGCCGCGGAUAUUAUUAAGUAUUAGGUAACCAAAAGAAUGUUUACAACAUACGUACGAGCAUCCUGAUUAUUUAUUGAAAUAAACGGGGUAUUCAAA